AAAACUCGGUUAUGUUUACCCUCAAUAGAAACUUCUUGUCAAGGCGUCGUUUCAUUUCAGGUUAUCAAAAUUCGUAAACACAAACAAAAGUCGAGUCGAAGUUUAGCAGCUACCUACUACCGGCAAAUUUAGGAGUCACUCUAUUAUAUUACGCAUAAAAGAUGAAUGUUGAAAAGUUGAGAGAAAUUGUGAGUGAGAAUGAGGAAAUAGCUAACAGAAGUGUGAUACUGUCUGUGGAAUAUAUGCGCAGUCUCCGGAGCCGUGUAAACAUGGCAUCAGAUCUCCUUUCUGUCUUUGGUAAAGAAAAUGUGGAGUGCUUAGAUUUUAUUACUCAGAAGUUGAUAUUGGUUACUUUUGUAAAUGAAUCUGUCUGUUCAUUAGGAAGUUUGAAAACCAUACAGUAUAAGCCAUCCAACUCCUCACAACAGCAUGCCUUAUACUACAAUGUUCAUUCGAUACAACCCAUCAAAGCUCGUGUAGAGGGAAUUCUGACAGGAGUGCCUCACUUUUACUCGUCGAGUCAGUUACCAAAGGUAACUGAGACAAUUGAGGAGAAAAUGCCUACACUAACAGACAUUAAGUUAGAUUACAUCCCCUGGCCUGGAACAUCUAUCAUGUGUGGUGACAUGUCUGUAAAAGCCUUGACAACUGAUCUCAGUGCAUCACAUGCUAAACUUGUUCAGCAGACACCACUACCCUUGGGAGACUUUGAAGGUCAGAUGUCAUUCAAGAUCAUAGAAUUGGUUGAUUUGGAAGAGAAUAGUGAUUUACCAGUUGAAAAGAAGGAUGACAUAACUCUUCAUAAUUGGUGCUAUUAAUUAACACUGCUUCUCAUGAUAAUUACUGGACCAGCUUAAUUUCAUGUAACAAAUAGUACAGGAGUAAUGGAAACUUGCUCCUGAUAACCCUGCAUUAGUCUUUGUACACUUAUUUAGAUUUAUGUAUCAGCGUAAUAGAGUACUACCUUGCCUUGUAUUUUGAAAGUUGUAAAUUUUAUGUUCAUGCUAGUCAUUAAGACAAUUUAUAGAAGUGAGGACUUGUGGAAAAUAUGUUAGGCUUCAGUUUAAAGUGAAUGUUUGUACUCUGGUUGCAGUGCUCAAUAAAGUCACUUAAAUAAAUUUUGUAUUGAAGUUUUGUGACUGAUAAUAUAGGCUAGCUAUGUAGUGAUGUAGUGUUUCAUGUAUUUCUUGGGGAUAUUUUUUCAAUGCAUGCUGGUGUGUCAAAGAAGUGGAUUGGUUGCAUUUAUCUCAUGAAAAUAGAACUUCAUCAGCAUAUUUUCUAAAUUUAGUAGAGAUCAUGUUCUUGAAAAGUAUUAAAAACAAGUAAAUACUACAGUAAAAAAAAAAAACAAGUAAAUAUUA